GCCGACGGCGGCCUCCCCGCAGACGCGAAACCCUGAGCCCUCCCUGAUCGGGUGACCACUCACGGGACACACAAGGAGAAGGUGAUGUAGAAGGAAAACCUAAAUUCAAAGAUUGGCAUCUGUUUCGACGGGGCAUUGUAAUAUAACUGAAGACAAGACGGGUGACGAAGAUAAGAAGAUGGUGUCUCUGCCUAGUGCAGAGUCUGGAACAAUGGACAGAAUCUCAGAUGAUGAUGAUGACGAGCCAAGUAGUGGGUCUGAAACAUACGAGGAGGGGGACCUCUUGACAGCUGCCAUGGAUGAUGACGUGACGGCCCAGCUCGCCGCUGCAGGCCCUGUUGGCGUAGCCGCAGCCGCUGCCAUUGUCUCAGCGAAAAAGAGGAAACGACCUCAUAGUUUUGAAACAAAUCCCAGCAUUAGAAAAAGGCAACAAAACAGACUCCUAAGAAAACUCAGGCAAACCAUAGAUGAGUUUGCAACACGAGUUGGACAACAAGCAGUAGUAUUAGUAGCUACUCCAGGAAAGCCAAACAGUAGUUAUAAAGUAUUUGGAGCAAAACCGUUAGAAGAUGUAGUAAAAAAUUUAAGAAAUGUUAUAAUGGAAGAACUUGAAAGUGCACUUGCACAACAAGCUCCGCCUCCAGUGCAAGAUGACCCAUCUUUAUAUGAAUUACCACCUCUUAUAAUAGAUGGCAUACCAACACCCGUGGAAAAAAUGACACAAGCUCAACUUAGAGCAUUUAUCCCGUUAAUGUUAAAGUAUUCUACAGGCAGGGGUAAACCCGGUUGGGGAAGAGACAGUACACGACCACCGUGGUGGCCGAAAGAACUCCCUUGGGCAAAUGUGCGUAUGGAUGCAAGGUCUGAAGAUGAGAAACAAAAGAUUUCUUGGACACAUGCUUUAAGACAAAUUGUAAUAAACUGUUAUAAAUUUCAUGGAAGAGAAGAUCUUCUACCUGCAUUCAGUGAAGAAGAUGAUAAAUCAAAUGUAUUGAUACAACAAUCAACACCUCAUUCCUCAUCGCAUCCGUCGCAUUCAUCCAGUCAAGGGCAAGGUGGACAAUCUCAACAGCAACAACAGACGAUGACGGCUCAGUAUCCAACGGCAGUUUUACAAACAAUAACAAAUCCUGAUGGCACCGUAUCAAUUAUCCAAGUUGACCCUAGCAAUCCAAUAAUUACGUUACCAGAUGGUACAACGGCCCAGGUUCAAGGUGUUGCUACUAUCCAUACAAGUCAAGGGGAAGUUCAAGCACUCGCUGAAGUAGCAGGCAGCGCGGAAGGUACUAGCGUCGCUGUCGACCUAAACAGUGUUACAGAAGCGACAUUAGGUCAAGAUGGUCAAAUCAUUCUCACAGGAGAAGAUGGACACGGCUAUCCUGUAUCCGUCUCAGGAGUAAUAACAGUACCAGUAUCUGCUAGUAUGUAUCAAACUAUGGUUGCCAAUAUUCAAAGUGACGGUACAAUGCAAGUAGUCACACCAAUGGUUCAAGUCCCAAAGGUUGAGCCUGGAAAUGGGGAAACCAGCAUUGAAGCUGUCACAAUUCAAGGGCAUCCUAUGACAAUGAUAAACGCAGCAGGUGAACACCAAGUUCUUCAAGUGAUAUCAUUGAAAGAUGCUAAUGUCCUCACAAAGGCUAUGCAAGCCGAAGUUGUAAAAGACGAGGAUAGUCAACAACAACAAACCGUCUCUAGUCCAGAAUAA